AUCGGGAGCUUGGUCCGCAUCGUAGUGCCGUCGCGCUGACAGCAGUGUGUGGGGAUGGACGACGAGCUGGAGGGCGAAGUGGUGCAGGAGAUCUUCUGGGCGCACGUCAGCCUCGUGUCGCGAGCAGCGCGUACCGAACUGCUGCCGAUGGCGGACGCGGCCGCCUUCUACGUCCGCCUGUACGUCUUGAGGCCCGGAACUCUGGCCGUGUUCGUGGCCCUGUUAGCCGCUGUGUUCCUGUGCCAGUCGCCGGGCGACGCCUGGCUUCGGCUGCUCAUGCGACGCCUCGAACUGCUGGGCCGGCCCGACGCCGUCAAGAAGCUGUUGAUGCGCAGCCAACCAGUCGGCUCGGCAUCCGAGAGGCGCUCCUGGGAACUGCAGGCCAAGCAUGCAGGCGUGUUUGCACUGCAGGGGCGCAGGCCCCGCAUGGAGGACCGCUUCUGCAUUCUGAGCAAUGAGGAGCACGAUCUUCACCUUUACGGAGUCUUCGAUGGCCAUGGCGGAGAGGUGGCAUCAGAGUUUGCUGAGCAGCACCUGUUCUCCUCGUUGAUGCCCAAGCUUGCAGAGGCCGUGCAGCGACAGCGGCACCAAGCUGGUGCUGACGCAGUUCCACAGUUGCUGUCUGAAUUCUCACAGCUACUGACUGAUGAGAUUCUGCAGCUGGACACGAAUCUCCUGGCCAUUUUGAAGAGUCGCCACGACCUAUCGGGCUCCACACUGCUGGUGGCGCUGGUACAUGGCCAUCACUUGUUGGUAGCCAACGUGGGCGACUCUCGAGGGGUGCUGGCUGAUCGGCGGGGACAGGCCCUGCCUCUCUCCUUCGACCACAAGCCACAACAGCUGAAGGAGCACAAGCGCAUUCGUGAAGCCGGUGGCUUCAUCACCUUCAAUGGCGUAUGGCGAGUGGCCGGUGUGCUGGCGACUUCACGUGCACUGGGCGACUACCCACUCAAGGAGCGUCGUCUGCUGGUAGCUCAGCCCGACGUGCUCACCUUCGACUUGUCCGCAGGGAACGGCGGAGGUGCCGCCUGUGCUGUGCUCGCCUCGGAUGGCCUGUGGGACGCAUUGAGCAACGAGCAGGCGGCCUCGUUGGCGUUGCAGUACCUCGACGAACCGCUCUGCGGAGCCCGAGAACUGGUCGUGCGGGCAUUCAACGCGGGGUCCCUAGAUAACAUCACGGCCCUCAUCGUUGACUUGCGUGGCCGGUCGGCGAGAAACACUACGAUCGGUGAAUGACGCUUCUACAUGCCGUCGUGCACCAUCUGCCGCGCAACCAGCAUGCUGAAGUCUCAAGACGCCCACUGCAUUGGCAUUUUUCAGCUCCAAGCAUUUUUACAGUUGGAGUAACCCUUGUUCAGACAACACAAGAGUCAUCUGCAAGAAUUUGCAUGUGCAGCCUAAGCAAGCAGCCGGUGUUUGGCUUUGUAUUGACCUUGAAAUAUGUUUGUGGUCACUUCUGCCAUAUGCUUUUUUUUUUGUCUUUAGAAAGUCAGGUUGAAACGUACCGAACCCCACCUGUACAUACUUACUUGUUGGCUGCUCAUGGUUUCCAGUGAAGGUUGUUGGCUUUUAGUGACUAGUAGCUGAGCAUUUUCCUGCUGUUUGAGAAUGCAGGAGUGUUGUACAUAGUGUUGAUCCUUCCUGUACAUAAUUCUUGGUGCUUUAAUAAGUCUGUUCGGCAUGUUUGUAAUCGCAUUAUUGUGCAACAAUGAUUUCACGAGCUCCUGCGUUCGACUGUCAACUCGGUUGGCCACCGAAUCUGCAUAUUUUAGUGUUUGCAGAAUUGUUGACGCUUAAAGCUGAGCAAGCUUCAAAAGGCCGUACCACUUGCACCAUGUGUUUUUCGUUGUUGGAUUGUUAUUUAUUUAGAAUUAUGACAACUUUUAUUCGUGAAGAGAAAAAUUUUACCCUCGCUUUCACAAAACCAUUUUAGGGCUUCAGGGCCAGUGCACUGGUCAUUUCUGAGCGUUUAUUAUCUCCAUUUUCGUGCGCUCUUAAAGUGUCCUUGAAACGGUUUUUUAACUUAUGCUGACACCUAAUCAUUUCUGGGGUUUUACAUACCAAAACCACGAUAUGAGGCACACCAUAGAAGAGGAAAGAUAGGGUGCAGAAAACCCUGGCUUCUGUGACACAAGCUGACUUCAUUUGCUGUUUACCAUAAGUCUAGUAGUAAAUUAUGAUUGCAUGCUCUCUUUCUUUACUGUUUUCUUUAAGCAAAACAAAUUGCAACGCAUUUAAAAUAUUACAAACAACAUUUAUUCACAAUUAAGCUUAUAUGUAUGUUGAGAUCAGUUGGAUAACCUUCCGGCUCGGUCGCCUGUGUGACGUUGCUCACCCCUGGAACAUGCCAUGGGCAAAGGCUGUGGAAAGCUCUCUUGGGUUGGCCACUGCAAUCUUCAGGAAUUCGCAGAUUUAAAGCCUCAUAAUAGAUUUCACACUUUACGCAGAGAGCUUAAAUCGGUCUUCUAGAUCAAAAAAGACUUGAUCCACCAGCUCAGUGCUUUUGUACAAAAUGUCAAAACUGUUUCAGGGUCACUUUGAAGCACAUACUUCUCAAACUGUGGAAGCUCUGGUUGUACACUUCAAAUGAUUUCUUGUGUGAACAAAAAAGUGUGGCCCCUUUUGUUCUGAAAAAUUGCAGGGAGGCAGAAUUGAUCAUUUAGUGAGUUAGCGAUCAUUAAUUUUUGUAGUGACCCUGAAGGGCAGGGGAUAUGUUGCUUUCCUGUGUGUAUGUGUUCUUUCAUGCUGUUACAGAGGUAAGCAAGGAUGCACUUUCAUGUGAAGACCCUAGAAUAAUUACAGUACUGUAGUGUUUGACUCAAAAUGACAAGCGAUGCUCUGCACUGCUCCCUUUCUAAGGGUAUUCAUCUCUGUGUCAGUCUUAGUGGCGUGACAAAAAUUUAUUAACUUAUUUUAAGUCAGCCCUUCUAAAUGAUGUUGGAUGGCAACAAAAACUUCACUUUGCCACGAGUACUCCUGCAACCUGGUACAGUCCCCUACAACGUGGCUUUCUUUCCCUUUUUUGUGCUUCGUUUUUAUCUAGUGCAUCCUUGAAUGUAGGAGGACUGUUCCUAAUGCAUGUUAACAGUGUCGUUAAGUCGUGACACCCUAUUUGCUGUUGCUCAGCCAGCCUCUCAUUGUUAACCAUGUGGUCUACUUAGCCUCUCUUAAAUUUUGAGGUGUCUAUACUCACUUGUAUGCCUAAUUUAUUGACCCGUAGAAAACUUGUCAAUUCUCGUCUUUCUAGUCACCCUUUGUUUCUCUAUGUUUAGUCUUUAGGUUUAUUUAUUGUACAACAUUUAUUAUUUUACCUCUUUUGAAUCAAAAGAUCUGUGACUUGCCUUAGCUCUGCCUUGUGUCUCAUGUGCCCUUUUCUCUGUGCUGUCCUAUGCGCUGUGAUUAUGUAAGUUAAAUACCAACUGGCCAACGUAUUGCAUUCUGCCUCGCACGGCCGCAUGUUUGUGCUCGUCCACGGUUCCAUUAUUAAGGGAGUGCCACUGCACAGCUUUGUAAACUUUCAGCUUUCUGAUUUCACUGACCAGUGUCCAACAUGACGCUAUAUCCUCGAUCGCUGUUUUUGGAAUGAGCUUCCCAGGUGAUGAAACGUUCAUGUUGUACUAGCACUUUCAUGUUUAGCAUCAACCAGGCUUGCACGCAUUACAGAAGAAAAGUAACCUACCGUAAAAUCCCGAGCAAGUGCCCCCCCUACGGUGAAAGAUAAUCGGACAAGAUUUGGAAGGGGGCCCUUGCUUGGUCGCGGACUAAAAUUCAGUACGGCGGCGGAAGAGCCUCCAAGAAGAA